CCUGUUCUCUCACUCUUCAGACGGAUGUCACCACUGCCCCUCCAGUCCCAACGCCCUCACGCUUGGACGCUCCUUCCCAACAAGAAAGUCUUCAGGGUCAACGGCAACCCCCCAGCUUGGGAAUGGGAACCUCUAAUAUGGCACAGUUAGGAUUCCCCAUCCUCCCCAUUCUCCUGGGUUUGAGCUGGCCUCAGUUGGGAGCUGCCCAAGGUGCAAACGAUUGUGGCCAUUGCUUUCGGAUCGAUCCCGGCACCAUUGCAGGAAUCGUGCUGGGAGAUUUGUUCCUGACUUUGCUCAUUGCUCUCGGAGUCUACUAUGUGGUCAGCUGCAUCUAUAAGCAGAAAGCAACCAGCAGUGAAAAGCCUCAGCAUGAAUCUCCCUAUGAGGAACUUCAAGGGCAGCGAAUGGAUAUAUACAGCGACUUGAAAAAUCCAGGUUCCCGAAUUCCUUACAGAUAAUCUUCCUCCACUUCCUUGACCUUCCAACAUUAAGUGAGAAAUUCUGAGAUUGAAGUCAUUUUCAGAAGAUCAGCUCCACUGUUGUGUGCAAGCUUUCCACUGUGAAGUUCUACCUGACGGCUUCCCCUAUAUAACAUCUUGCACUUCAAUCAACAUUUAGUCUAUUUUCAAAACUGUCUGUGUCUCCCACUACCCAUACUUGCUACUCUUUUAAUAAGUGUAUCACCAAGGGUCUCUUGGGCAAUGGAGGUGGCUUAUAAAUUGAACAAAUAAGUAAAUAAAAUUAGACACAUUUAGGACGCAGUGGCUAAGACACUGAACUUGUCCAGGGGUGAAAUGCUACUGGUUCAGACCGGUUCAGGCAAACCGGUAGUGAAAAAUGCUACCAGUUCAGGCGAACUGGUAUUUCCGAUGAUCAGCUGGGCGACGAUCAGCUGUGACACAUGAUUUAUAUUAGCUAGAAUCGUCAGAUUUCCUGCUUUCUAGCUAAUGUAAAUCGCUUGGCACAACGGAUUCCCCCCCCCUUGCCUUGCUGUUCUACUUACCUUUGCAGACUCGGAAGGCUUCAAAAUGUUCCUUUUUUUAGCACUGCGCGGGUGCGCCUCAAGUGCGCAUGUGCGUGAAGCACGCACUCGGUAGCAGACUCACAGAACCGAUAGCAGACUUCAGAGCAUUUCACCCCUGAGCUUGUCAAUCAGAAAGGUUGGCAAUUUGGCAGUUCAAAUCCUUAGUAUAGGUCUCCUGUAUUAGCCGGGAGUUGGACUAGAUGACCUCCAAGGUACCUUCCAAUUCUUUUAGUGUUAUUUACCUGAAUCACCAUCUGUUCCACCCCAUUGGUGGUCGUAUCAUUGAAAAAGUUAUUCAGGAAGUGUGAACUUACUGUUCUCUGAACAGAGCCAUUAUUUCUGCCCAGAUAUGGGGAGAUGAACAGCAUAAAAAUUUAAUCAAUAAAUAACAAAAAAAAUUCAAAGUAGACAGAUUCUGGCAUAGCCAUCCAGGCUUACAGAUCUAACUGAAUCUGAGUUGCCCCCAUAACCAUAUAUCCAAAAAAGGCUGCCUGGAAGAUUUGGGGAAUCUAUUUAUUAGGUGGUGGUUGUUUUUCGUGGAGGCCUCUCAGUUCCUUUUUUUUUUUUUUUGGCUCAAAACCAAAAGGGUUGAGUUCAGACACAGCUGCCUUUAGAUUUUGAGGAAAUUUAUAUUAAUUGAAAUUAAUAGGGUCUUAGAACCUGAUGAAUUUGAUUUCAAUGAAGUUCAUUAAUUUCAUUUCCAAUCCAAUCAUUUACACCGGUUUUUAAAGGUGGAGUCUUCUGGAAAGCCCAAAUGGAUGGUUGUUAUGGAAGAUGUGUAAAUUGCUUUUACUAGUGCCAUUUGUUUAUUAACUUCUUCUAGUAUACACUGAGUUCCAGGGAGAAGCAUUUCCCAUAACUUGCUUCUAAUCAGAAAGUCAACCUUGGACCUCCAGCAUGCAAGCAGAUGUUCUAUCAACUAAGGAAAGAGAGCGUUUAAAACAAGGGUGUUCAACCUUGGCAACUUUUAAGACUUGUGGACUUUCAACUCCCAGAAUUCCCCCAGCCGUCAUACCUGGCUAAGGAAUUCUGGGAGUUGAAGUCCACAAGUCUUAAUGUCGCCAAAGUUGGAUAUCCCUCAUAUAAGAGAUUCUUGUUUCCUUUGCUUCCUUUGCUUAAGUGCAGGGCUGAGACGUUAGGCGUAUUGUAUUAUGGAUUUGCUAUACUUUUAUUACCUUUUUUGCAUAUAAUUUGUGUAUAUUUUUUCACGGAGGUUUUUUUUUUUUUUUUUCCCAUUCAAUAAAAUUUGCUUUGCUAUAAUA